AUGAGCUGGAAAAGAAAAAAGCCGGAUUCAUUUGUUCUUUUAACUAUUCGGUUACUAGUUGCAAAUAAUGCAAUGAUUCGGCACUUAUUUUCGAAACAUGCGUGUUUUUCUCCAAAGCAAAUACCAUGCCUUGUAUCCACUUUCAAACAACGAGUAAUUUCAGUUUCAUCGUAUCAUAGUGAUUCGAUCGAAGGAAAUCUUCCUGAAGAAUCAUAUUUUGACGAGCAACGUCUUUCUUCUCAAGAGGCAUCAGGAAUUUUACGAACACAUGAAGCCAGUAUUGAUCUUGAAGCAAAUUGCCCAGUGAAAUAUUAUGAAGUCAAUUAUCUCGGUGCUAACAAUCCGCCAGAGGACCGUCAAGUUCAAGCUCGUAUUCAUUCACCAGAUUCGACGAUGUAUCUAUUCGGUGCUUUCGAUGGGCAUGGUGGUCCCUGGUGUUCUGAUGUCGUUGGUCAACGUUUAUUUGAAUAUAUUGCCGUUACAUUACAUCAACCGAAUGAUUUAGAACGGAUUAUGCAAGAAGCAAAACGAAUCAUGGCAAAUCAACAUGCACAUAGUACCACUCAUCAUCACAGUCAUGACAAAACAGUAUCAAAUACGAUUACUUCGCUUCUGUUGCAUUCAUAUUAUAAUCCAUAUAAAGAUACACGGAAUUCAAAGAUUAAAGAUAUUCAUCAGAUGAAUCUAUUGAAACAUAUUGAAGAUGCCUACACGAACAUCGAUCAUGAUCAUACUGAUAUAAUUAGUGCACUGGAAAGUGCAUUCAUCAAGCUGGAUCGUGACAUAUGUGCAGAAGCGAUACCUGUGGACACUCAACCUGUCGACGAGGAUUUGUUACAAAUUUGUACAGCUGGCUCGUGUGCAUGCGUUGCUUUAGUCAAAGAUGACGAUCUAUACAUUGCGAAUUGUGGUGAUGCACGAGCCAUUCUCGGCACAAUCGACAAUGAGGGUAAUCAAAGUGUGAUUAAUCUUUCUCAUGAUCACAAUGCUCGUAAUCAAUCGGAAGUUAAACGUCUGCUUUCGGAGCAUCCAUCGAACGAAUCUCAUUCAAUCAUACGAAGCGAACGUCUACUUGGCCUGCUAAUGCCAUUUCGUGCAUUCGGUGAUGUGCGUUUCAAAUGGCCUGCGAAUUAUCUUCGGGAAUAUUUGCAGCCGUAUUAUAAGAAAGGCGACGCUUUACCACAGUUUUACCUGUCACCACCGUAUUUAACUGUUAAGCCUGAAAUCACGAAACAUAAGCUAACAAAAAAGGAUAAAUUUCUCGUCCUAGCAACUGACGGUGUCUGGGACUUGUUGUCACCUGAGCGUGUCGUUCAAUUGAUCUUUAAUCAUCAAAAAGGCAUUCAAAGUUUCGAUCGUUUCGUUCUGCACAAAAGUGGAAGCACCACAACAUUGAAAUUGAAAGAAAUCAAUGAACUACUACUCGCACGACAUCAAGCGAUUAAAAAUCAACCCAUGGAUCAGAAUUCAGCGACACAUCUCAUUCGACAAGCACUCGCUUAUACAUCCAAAGGACAAUUUGAUAGUAAACUUUUAUCGGACGUUCUCACAUUUCCUAAUCCACGUUCGAUACGCGAUGAUAUUACCAUAACAGUUGUUUACUUUGAUCAAGACUAUAUUGAUCAGAUUCAAAGAAAAGAAAGCAAGUAA